AUUGGUGGGAAUGUAUGUCGUCUUCAUGUUAGCCGGGUAUUAGGGCAUAAGCAGCUUUAAAAAUCACGCCAUUUUCUUGUAAUUUUCAGAAAAAGCUGUGAAAAAUAAUCACUUUUCUCUCCCUUUCUCUCAAGUCAUGAAGAACAAUCUUAGCAAUAGCACUAAGCUGAUUCUUCUUCAUCCCUACAUCCAAAAACAAGGAGGGUCCAACCGGUUAUGGCUUCUGGCUUUUGUUUCAUUUCUGACUUUGGCUUUUCUUCUUACACUGAUUUACACUAGAGAAUCCAUCACCACCACUGCCGUCGGCGGCGGCGUCUCCACCUCGGCUACCACCGGAGUCAACAAGCCGCCACUUUCGAAGGCUGUGGUAAGAGCUCUAGUCCACUACGCUUCCAACUCAAACAACACUGAACAUAUGUCGUAUACGGAUAUCAAACAAAUCUCCGACAUUCUCCGGCAAUGCUCACACCCCUGUAAUUUCCUGGUUUUCGGCUUAACCCACGAAACCCUUCUUUGGAAAGCCCUAAACCCUAAUGGCAGAACCGUUUUCAUCGAUGAAAAUCGGUAUUACGCUGCAUACAUCGAGGAAAAAUACCCAGAAAUCGAAGCCUACGACGUGCAGUACUCAACCAAAAUAACUGAAGUGAAAGAGCUAAUUUCAUCGGUUAAAGAACAGAUGCAGAAUGAAUGCAGGCCAGUGCAAAAUCUUCUGUUUUCAGAAUGCAAGCUGGGAUUGAAUGAUCUUCCGAACCAGUUAUAUGAGGUGGAUUGGGAUAUCAUAUUGGUGGACGGCCCACGUGGAUACUGGCCUGAAGCACCAGGUCGGAUGGCGGCGAUUUUCACCUCCGGCGUACUUGCCCGGAGCAAAAAGGCAGGAGCCAAUCCUAAAACGCAUAUUUUCGUGCAUGAUUUUAAUAUGAAGGUGGAUAGAAUUACAAGUGAUGAAUUUUUGUGCAAAGAGAAUUUGGUGAAAUCUAAAGACAUGCUUGGGCAUUUCAUCCUGGAAAGAAUGGAUAGUAGCAACACUCAGUUCUGUCGCAGCCAUUCAUCGUCGUCUUCAUCAGCUUAAUAAACUCUCUGUGAUCAUCAAAUAAUCUUAGUCGUUGCUCAAAUUUGAUAAAUUAAUUGUCCAUGGUCAAAAUUUUGACCUUUUUUAUCGGGUUGGGUUGUGUACAAAUAAUUUUUGGGCAUCUCUACACUUUAAUUUCUUUGAUGAAAUGCAAUUGUUUGUCUUUCUAUCUC